UCACUCCUCCUCCCCCAGUUCUAAAGUGAAGUGCUUCCUGGAGCCCAGAAAGGGUUAAGGCAGCAGCUGAGAGAAGUUUAGGCUGACGUUACGCUGGCUGAAGGUAGUUCCCUUCUGCUGAGGAUGGGAGAAUGCUGAGGUCUGAAAUCUGAGCUGCCUGGAAACCCGGGGUCUUGGUGAUGUCCCAGUAAAAGCCGCUUGCUCGCUUUUCCUACUUGAAUAGUCGCUCCGUGUAGGGGCGCCCGGCAGGAUGGAGCUGGCCUCCUGGAUCCAGUUAGGAUUCAUGUUCCUGCAGCUCCUUCUCAUCUCCUCCUUGCCCAGAGAGUACACCGUGAUUAAUGAGGCCUGCCCUGGGGCUGAGUGGAAUAUCAUGUGCCGAGAGUGCUGUGAAUAUGAUCAGAUAGAAUGCGUCUGCCCCGGGAAAAAAGAGGUGGUUGGCUACACCAUUCCCUGCUGCAGGAAUGAAGAGAAUGAAUGCGACUCCUGUUUGAUCCAUCCAGGAUGCACCAUUUUCGAGAACUGCAAGAGCUGCCGCAAUGGCUCUUGGGGAGGGGCUCUGGACAACUUCUAUGUGAAGGGGAUCUACUGCUCAGAGUGCCAUGGGGGCUGGUAUGGAGGAGACUGCAUGAGGUGUGGUCAAGUUCUGCGGGCCCCAAAGGGCCAAAUUUUGCUGGAGAGUUAUCCACUAAAUGCUCAUUGUGAAUGGACUCUUCAUGCUAAACCUGGAUUCGUCAUCCAACUAAGGUUUGUCAUGUUGAGCUUGGAGUUCGAUUAUAUGUGCCAAUAUGACUAUGUGGAGAUCCGUGAUGGAGACAACGGAGACAGCAGGAUAAUCAAACGCUUUUGUGGCAAUGAAAGACCGGCACCCAUCCGAAGCACUGGAAACUCUCUCCAUGUUCUCUUCCAGUCAGAUGGCUCCAAGAACUUUGACGGUUUCCACGCCAUCUUUGAGGAAAUUACAGCUUGUUCUUCAUCCCCCUGUUUUCAUGACGGCACAUGCCUCCUAGACAAAGUUGGAUCCUACAGAUGUGCCUGCCUGGCAGGCUAUACGGGCAAACACUGUGAGAACUUGCUGGAAGAAAAAAACUGCUCAGACCCAGGGGUCCCAGUGAACGGAUACAGGAAAACAGUGCAAGGUGGUGGACUUGUGAAUGGGCGCUAUGCAAAACUUGGCACCAUCAUGUCCUUCUUCUGUAACAACUCAUAUAUUCUUAGUGGUAAUGAACAAAGAACCUGCCAACUAGAUGGAGAGUGGUCAGGGAAACAACCAAUCUGCAUUAAAGCCUGCCGAGAACCAAAGAUCUCUGACCUGGUGAGACAGAGAGUACUCCCAAUGCAGGUUCAAUCAAGGCAAACACCCCUACAUCAGCUCUACUCCUCAGCAUUCAGCAAACAGAAGCUGGAGAGCUACCCUACCAAGAAACCAGCCCUGCCCUUUGGGGACCUACCUCCUGGCUACCAACACCUGCACACCCAGCUCCAGUAUGAGUGCAUUUCACCAUUCUACCGCCGCCUGGGGAGCAGCAGGAGAACGUGUCUAAAGACGGGGAAAUGGAGUGGGCGGGCCCCUUCCUGUAUUCCAAUUUGUGGAAAAACCGAGAACAUCACAGAGCCAAAGGCACCAGGGAUACGAUGGCCCUGGCAGGCGGCCAUCUACAGACGGACCAGUGGACUCCAGGGUGGUGGCAGCCUCCACAAGGGAAUGUGGAUCCUGAUCUGCAGUGGUGCCCUGGUGAAUGAGCGCACAGUGGUGGUGGCGGCUCACUGCGUCACCGACCUGGGGAAGGUCACUGUGAUUAAAACAGCUGAACUCAAAGUGGUCCUGGGGAAAUUCUACCGUGAUGAAGACCGGGAUGAGAAGACCAUCCAGAACUUACGGAUUUCUGCCAUCAUAGUGCAUUCCAACUAUGACCCCAUCUUGCUUGAUUCUGACAUAGCCGUGGUGAAACUCCUGGACAAAGCCAGGAUCAGCAACCGGGUUCAGCCCAUCUGUCUGGUAGCUCCCCGAGAUCUGAGCCCUUCGGCAGAGGAGUCCCAAAUAGCCAUCACUGGCUGGAAAAUCAUCACUGACGUCAAGGACCCAGGCCUCAAAAACGAUACCCUGCGAUCAGGGGUGGUGAGGAUCGUCGACUCCCUGCGCUGUGAGCAACAGUAUGAGGACAAUGGGAUCCAGGUCAGCAUCACCGAUAAUAUGUUCUGUGCCAGGCAGGACACCACCUUUCCAUCAAACAUCUGUCCGGCAGAGACGGGUGGCAUUGCAGCCGUGUCUCUGCCGGGAAAAGUCUCUCCUGAGCUGCGGUGGCAUCUGAUGGGGCUGGUGAGCUGGGGUUAUGACAAGACCUGCAACCUGGAUCUCUUCACUGCCUUCACCAAAGUGGUGCCUUUCAAAGACUGGAUUGAGAAGAACAUGAAGUAAAAUUUAUGCCUGUAAAAUAGUA